AUUAAAAUCACAAUUUUUUUGUUUUAACCACAAAUCUAAAUAAAUCAAUUAAAAUCAACAUAAAUAGUAAAUAAGGCUUAAAUUUACAUCAACCAGCAAAGAAAAUCUUUUUAUUAAUACCAAAAAUAGAAUAAAAUGUUUUCUGAUGAUGCUCAAAAUUUUAAUUCGAAAAACAGUUUAAAUUUAAGUGAAAUUACCUCAUUAUAAUGUAUUAAUUCAUAGUAAAUUCGAUAACAUAACAUGAAUAAUAGCUAAAUAGAGGCUUUGUAAAUAAUAAAAAGAAUUGAAAAGUAGGCUAAAGAUAGUGAUUAAUGUAAGUGGAUAUAACUAAAAUAUAAUAAGAAAAAGAAGAAAAAUUAGUUUAUUAAUUUAUAUAUUGAAUACCCUUUUAAAUCUGAGUUUAUUUAUCACAUUUCUGGAAAUAUUCUAACUGAAAUAAACCCUCAUGAAAAUAAUAGUUAUUAAAUAUGUGUUAGAAAAUUAGAGAAAACUGAAUAAUCAUACACUAUUUUUCCUUAGAAUAUUAAAUAUUUGACUGAUUUGGAAUAUAUUAUUUUUUUAUUACAAAAUUCAUAGUGCUAAGACUCCUAUAAGGCAAGCAUAUUGCUAUAAUAGUAUUAAAAUAUUAUAUAAAAUUAAAAGGAGCUUUGCAGAUAAGUUAAGUAGGAAUUAGAUGAAGAAUAAUAGCUUCAUCUCCUAGAAGAAAGGAAUAAAUUUAAAAAUGAAAUAAUUAAAUAGCAUAUAGAGCAAAAUUUAAAAGAUGAGCAUUUUUAUGCAAUUUCAAAUAUAAGCAUGAACAUUCAAGACGAAGUUUCAUAUUUAGAAUAUGUUAAAUUCAGUAAAGGUUUGUUUUAUAUCUUAGGAAUUGAACAAAAGGGUAUCGAAAAUCUAUUAUUUAAGUAGCAUAUUCUUUUUUUGAUGCUUUUGCCUUCUUAAAGAAAACUUCAUUUUGUAAAUUAGGUUAAGAGAUAUCUACACUUGGAUUUGUAAAAAUAAAUAACUGAUAAUUUUGUGAUAUAAACCAUAGACUAGAUCCAAGUAGCAUGUAGCUUAGAAUCUUACUAUAUUCCUAUUAAUUACCCACAUAAUUUAGUUAUAAAAAAUUAAGAAUAUUUUAAUAUUUCUAUGGAUAACAUUUAAGUAACAAUAUUCAACAUCCCUGCUGAUUAAAUUAAAAAAGUAGUAGAGUAAAGAUAAAAAUAAAUUGAUCACCCUUUCGAAGAUUUUGAAUACUCUAUGCUCAGCUAAAUAUUUAUUGAAAAAUAUUAUACAAAUCAUAUAAAAAAGGAUAAAAAAUCAGAUGAAUAUGAUGAAUAGAAAGAAUUUUUAAAAUCGUAAAUGGUUGAAUAUCUAAAUAAUAAUGAGCAUAAAAGAGCUUCCUACAAACCAAUUAAAAAUUAAUAGAAUUGA